AUGCCACCACAACUGCAUGAUACAACAUCAACAAUUAAUACAGAAUCAUCCAAUAUAUCAGUGAAUGCUCUACCACAACGACCAAAUUUUUUAACACAAGCAAUAACAACAAAUGAUACAGCUCAAACAAUCAAUGUUUAUAAUGAUUUAAAUGAGAAUGUCAAUGAACAACAACGUCGACAACGUCGAAUUCGUCAACAACAAUAUCAUAAUACAACUGAUCACAAUGAUAAAAAUUAUAAUCGAUUUGCUGUUUUAGAACAAAUCGAUACAUCAACAGAUAUCGAAUCAAAUUAUGAUGAUGAAACAAAUGAUGAUGUUCUAUCAAUAGUAGAAUAUGAUAUUGCUGAUUACAAUAAAAAAAGAACAAAUGAAAUAAACAAAAUGAUAAAAAUAAUAAUAAAAAAAUUAAACGACGAAUUUAUUUAG